CAAAACGUAAACAAAAACAAGAAAAUUCAUUACAUCGUCUGUGAAUUUUUUAUCCUAUUUGAAUUGAAAUUGAAAAGUCCUUGUGUCAAUCAAAUGAACAGCUUAACUUUAACAUAUUAAAUACAUAUCAAUUUGUUAUUUGUCUUUUCCGAAGCUCUGAUUAGUUUUAAAAUGAAAGUAGAAGAUGUUCAAAAAUGUAGUUUCCAAAACUGGUACCAUGAUUUCCGAAAUGUUACAUUUAAAAGCAUUAUCUUGCCCCUUCCAGAUGGUUUUGUGUCUUAUAUAUUAAAAGAUGGAAUUGUGCUUCCUAAAAGAUCUUCAUAUACAGUUGAAGUGAAGGAAAGUGGAAGUGAUUCAGAAGAUGACUGGGAUAGCAUUGAAGAUGAUGAAGCUGAGGCGCCUCAUUUCCCUGAGUUUGAUGAACAAAUCAAAAGUGCUAUCAACUGUCUCUCGGGGAAAGUUUUCCCAAAGCUGAAUUGGAGCAGCCCAAAAGAUGCCUCCUGGAUAGCAUUUAACAAUAGUUGUUGUUGUACCACUGUGUCAGAUGUGUACCUGCUAUUGAAAAGCUCUGAUUUUAUUGUUCAUGAUCUUACUAAACCGUACAGCUUUUGUGAAGACUAUAUACCUGCAGAUACAAAUUGUUCUCUAACAGCAACCAGUGAGAAGUUUCACCUUAUCCUUAGAAAAUGGGUUGAAAUAGACACAGCUGGAGAGUUCAGAUGUUUUGUGAAAAAUACUGUUCUGAUUGGCAUCUGUCAAAGAGAACAUAGUUUAUAUUUUGAACAUAUAGCUGUGGAAAAGAAUGAUAUUGUUCAAGAUAUUAGUGAUUUUUUCCACCAGCAUAUUCAGUUCAAUUUCUCAAGCCCCAACUAUGUCUUUGAUGUGUAUCGUAAAAAGAAGGGUAAAGUUUAUUUGAUAGAUUUUAAUCCUUUUGGGAAAGUUACAGAGCCAUUGAUGUUUAAUUGGGCUGAACUCUGCAAUGGAUCUGUCAAUAGAGACAACAAUGGUCGCCCUGAAUUCAGGUACAUUUCGACCAACCAUGGUGUUCAGCCAAGACCUCUCAGUUACCACGCUAUACCCAGAGACAUAGUUGACAUCAGCACUGGCGAAGACAGCUUAAAGUUGGUGGAUCUAAUACGUUUAAAACUUGAUGAAGAGAAUCGAGAUCUUAAUGUAGAUACUGAUGAAAGAAAUGGAAUCAGUUAACUACUCAUAUAGUAUGGUACAUUUAUUUGUAAGUGUAUAAAGAUCAUUUUAAUAAAUAUUCAUAUAUUUUCC